AUGCCUGCCAAGCGCCCACCGCCAAAGAAGGUGCGCCGCACCGCCCGGCGCCCUUCAUUGCCGGCGCCCGUCGCCUCCGUCGACUCAAACCUUACCAGUCCUGCACAGCAGUCAAUCACCGGCUCAGCUGGCACCGACCCUAAAGACGACAUCUCCGAAAUCCCGAUUGGUGCAUUGACGCUCUCCGACCAGACCGAGGGGGUGGCGGAGAAUGCGCCCAAAACGGACCGGAACGACAAGAAGGCUUUCCGAUUUCUAGACCUGCCCGCAGAGUUGCGCAUCGAGAUAUAUGCGCAGUUCUUUGCGGGGAUCGACUACACCAUUGACCUUGACUCGGACAAUUACAAGCGCAUCCACAAGAAGCUGGGUAUCUUUCGCACCUGCAGGACCAUUUACAGCGAGGCGUCGCAUGCGUUUUACAGUACCAAAACGUUCCGGAUAUUCCCCACGCAACCGGGUCGCUUCUUUAACACGAAGAAACCCCUUCUUGCGCGGCUCAACAAGCGGCAGCGCACUUGCCUCACGUCGCUCGAACUGCGCCUCGGCCCGGGCUGGGGCGCCCCCCCACGAGGCUGGGUCGUGACCCCGGCGCUUGGUCUUGCCGAGUGCGUCAAUGUGCGCAAACUGACCGUCCUUGUCGAGAUUGACCCGAGUGAUAACGCCCUAAAGGGUUUCCGCAAGGCCGACGGGUUCUACGAGAGGUUCAGCGGGAACCUGUUGGACCGGGUUUUGGCUGAGAUGCCCUUGGUCAAGCGGGUCCACUUUGACGCCUGGUCUAGCGUCAAGAAGUCUGGCCCGAUGAUGACGGGCCUGAUCGAGAUUGCAAAGGCUCGUGGGAGGAGGAUCUGUUGGGGCCCCGAGAGGAAGUGGACGGAUCGUGACGACGACGACGAUGUGGCAGAGCAGGAAGAUACAUCAGCGGUUGAUUUCAUGAACAUGAUGAUGCAACAGCAGCUGGUUUAUUGA